GCAACGAUUGCAAGCAGGGGGGCUCUGAUUGGAGGACCAACAGAAGCAGGUGGUAGAGCAGCUUACGCCGACCACUUACAGUAAGUAUAUGAAUAUAUACCUUAUCUCGAUCUCCUCGAUCAUUUCGCCUACCGUCGUAGUUCUUGUAGAGUUGUAGUUUUUCCAGAGCCAUUGUUGAUGUCGAUCAUAUCGCAAACGCGGUUCAGAUAACCGUUUACAGUAGCCCAUGUGCAUGACUUUAGCCCAGAACACGUCUUCAAGAUCUAGAUGACGUGUUAGUUUUACUGUGUAAAUCUAAAUUCAUAUCAUAGUGGUCGCUCACGGAGUCAGAAAGACAAAAAAGCUCAUAUAAGAAAAGUCACCUGACCUCUUCUACUUCUUCUUGUAUGAUAUCAAAGUCCUCCAGAAAAGCUUCUCUAAGUAGGAAGAGCACAGACUUCGAUGUUUCCUAUCUUCGAUGAUUUCGCUCUAGAAGCGGUCGCCGAGGCACCUGCGGCGGCAAGACCAACUGAGACACCCCCGCCUGGAGUACAACGAUUCGAAGAAGAAGAGCAACACCAACAGGCUCAACAGGAUCGACGUCAACCAGAACAGUUACCAGAAGAAGAAUCGCAGCAUCUUCAGCAUCAUGAUAGGCGUAAAAAAAAGGAGGAAAACAAACGACUGGACAUUUUCGAAAGACUUAUUGCCAAUUUCCCUGACUUCCUGGCACAGGCGUUUGCCGCUUCCGCGAACUCGGUCGUGACAAAUCGAGCGCACACUACGCCAGCCUAUCCUCAUCAACAUUAAGGCUAUAAUUCAUGACCCAAGAUGAACCCGACCGUUCUCUCCGUUCCUCAACAUUCAUCGUCCAUCUCCAUCUUGCUUCUUUUUCAACUUUUUUGUUCUGGAAAAGAGGCCUCUUUCAAGGAUCAACGUCGAUCGUCUACACUGCUUCUUUUUCAUAAGUGCUUCUUUUUCAACUUUUUUGAGAUGAAGAAGAUAAAGAAGCCUGAAGAGCUCUACUCUCACUCAAGGAUACCGAUACUAGGUAUUACUAACUCUUCAAAGAGAUUUAGGAGAGGAAGAUGGGAACAAUGCGGUAGCUCUAACAACAACGUCCGACUGAGGAUUUGGUUCAAAGUAGGGAAAAAAAGCGGCUGGUUGAUGCGCAUUUGCGAUCAUCAGCUUUCCUUGCUGGAGAUCCAUUAACGGGUGCGCCUUUGUUUGAAAAUUUUGCUUUCCUGCAGGAAGACCCGACAGGAGUGGUAGGAGUGGUGGAGGGUUUACUUAAGGCACAACUAGCUCUAGCACCACAAAAAAUGCUGAGCUCAGUGGAGAGGCAUUUGUAGUGUAGUCAGAAGUGCAGUUUCUUCUUUUAAUUAAAUAUCUUCUUGACAACGACAACGAGGACCAUUUAGUUUGUUGCAUCCUUAGUUUUCAAGACUUAGUUGUUUGUGUGGUGUACAUGUACUAUCAUCCUAUCAUACCAGGAGGAUCAUCUGAAGAUAGAACUC